GUACAUAAGGGACUUCUUCAAAUUUAUACCAAAAAAAUAAAGGAUAUUUUAAAGGAUAAUUAUUAAAUUGAAAUAUAUUAUUUAAAAUAUGGUUCGUACCAAAGCAGAUCGUUUACCUGCAAAAGCUGUUGGUGCUAAGGCACCGCACAAACUUUCAAGUACAACAGAUGGAGUGAAGAAAACAGGAAACAAUAAAGUAAGGGGUUACACUGGUGGAAAUCCAUAUCAUCCAAGACAAACUCCAAAUUGGCAAAAACCAAUAACAAAUUUUAUGAAUCAAAGCAUUACCAAUACCGAUAAUGUUGCAUCCUCAUCAAAUGAUAAUGAAAACGAGGAAAAUCAAAGUGAUACUUCCAUUGUUGAAAAUGAUUAAAAGGAAGGAAUCAAUAUUUUAUUAUUUGGACGAUAUAGAAAGAACUUUGUUAUAUUUUAUUCAUCAAAGAUAUUUAUUAUUUAAUUAAAAUAUACAAAUAGUUUCAAUUUUUGACAAAAAAUGAAAAAACGAUCAAAAGCAAUUACUUUAUUAUAACUGUGAUUAUAAAAAAAAGAUUAUAAGUGAUAAAUAAUUUAGUUUUAUAUAUAUAUAAGUAUAUUUUAAUUUAGCCGUUUAAAUAUUACCCAUCGACAUAGUUUUGAAAACCUUGCAUUGAUGAAAUAUAUUUAAAUGUAUUGGAAUUACUUCAGGAACUUGAAACAUCUUAAGUGCUUUUGUUACAAUGUAAAAAAAUGGAGGAUCAUCAAUCAAGGUCUUAUUCCUAUUUAUCUUGAACAUAUCUUUUUUGCUAAUUGUAAGAAAAAAAGACCAAAAUAAAUUGGACCAAGCAAGGCCUCAGUGUAGGAGGUAACUUCCCCCUCAUUUGACUUAAGUGGAAAUCCUUUAGAAUGGCUAUUAAAUCACAUUGUGGAGUUAGUACCACUGA